UCCACAAAACUGCGGCCCAAAAAGCCAAAGCCCAUCUUCUCACACCGUCCCUCCCCAGAACCACCAGCAACGAGCCUCCAAGAAGACAGCUUCCGGUCACCAGUCCGGUGGCCGGCCUUGGUCCUGCACCAUUGCCGGGAUCUAGAGAAGGAGCUCCGAAAAAGCCUCCGCCCUCUUAGUUUGCCAACUGAUCGGACUGAUCAAAACGCGAUCAACCACAACGCCGGAAGCCGCCUUCCUCCGACACAGAUCGACCUGAGAGAGAUCAGCGCACCACCAUGAAUCAGCCUGAACCUUUUGAUAUUGCUUACCUACCUUUCACCUGCCUUUGGCUUUAACAAAAAUUUCCUAUUCCAUUUUAUGUUCCUAUUUGAAUUUCUCAAUUUUAGCAUUGUGAGAAUGGCUAUCGUCAACUUUGUGCAGAACUGGAUUGAUAACUGUCAACCUACGGUUUUGGACAGAGUUUGUAUUACAUUUUCUCGGCCUGGAAACUUCCCUGUGGUUGUAGAAGAGUGCAUCAGAUUUCCUAUUUUGUGUGGAGUUAAGGUUCUCCGACUUGACUUCUCUGAUCCACCAUGGGGUGAUGAAGUUUUACUUGGCAAUCAUCCUGAACCUUCAUUUGUUCUGCCUCAAUUAGUUUAUGAACAUGGGGUUCUUCAAUCUCUAACCCUCUUUUCUUGCAACUUCAAUGUGGCUGAGAUGAUCAACUUUGGUCUCCUGAAGAGUAUUGCUCUGAGUUGGGAAACUUGAAUUCAGAAGAGAAUUUGGGACUUAGGGGCUGGAGUUUGUAAUUUUCAGCUUUAUAUAUGUGUGGUUUUAGUUCGACUCACAAUCAAAUGUCCUCAGAAGUAUAGGUGCCUAUCUGAUGCAGUGUUUCAUGUUUUCUAUUUUGCAGGUUUCGGGCAGCUGAUUCUUAAGACAGUAUCAGAGGGGAGCUGAAAUGGGAUUGAUGCUUCUGAACUCCCGUCGGAGCUAAAAUCAAAUGGACAAGUUGUGGAUGAAAGUCUGUUGAAAGAUAGCAAGAUGGAUGUGAGUGAAGUACAGAUAGAUGGCUCAAUGCAAAAGUCAGGGAUGGAAUGUCAGGUGUCUGUACCAAAGUCAGCUUCAGAUAUCAUUAUGAUUUCAGAGCUUAUGGAAGAAUCUAAUGUAGGGAUCUCAGCUGAGGAUAAGGAACCUCAUUGUGAAGAAGCACAAGAUCUGAUCAUUGAGACAGCUGAGGCGGAGUCAGGAUUCGGUAGUGUUGGUUAUGUUGCCAAUGUCCAUGGGCUUCAAGGAGAGAUUCGUGUGAAACCCAGCACUGACUUUCCUGAAUUGCGGUUUGCUGAGCCUGGAAGAAGAUGGUUGCGAGAACAAAUAUGAGGCCAAGACAGAGUUGAAGAAGUUGAGCUGCUGGAGGGAAGAGGACAUCCUGGCCAAAUGCGUUGGAUACUCAGAUUGAGAGGAAUUAACAACGUGGACCAGGUGACGUUCUUGUGGCCUACAGUAAUUUCUGUUUUUUGUUGGUCAUGUAUUCACAGAGUUAGUACUCAAUACUCACCAAUGAAUUUGAAGACGUUAAUAAGAGGAGAAGGAUGCAUCCAAGAACAUCCUCGCUUUCUCUUCAAUUCUCGUUAGGUUGACAAUGUAUUUUGGUCUUAGAGUAGUGUUUUUUUCCCUUAUAUUUCUCAACUACUAUUUUAUGUUUGGAUUUGUUUAUCCUGACAUAAGCCAAUCAUGCAUUGGAAUUGGAUUAGGUUUAUUUUCAGUGUUCUGAAUCGAGGAGUGUGUAUUUAUAUGAGAAGGAACUGA